AUGGCAUCCGGGUGCCAAUAUUCCAGCGUGAACAAUCCGCCGGAAUCUGACGAGCAUCACGAACAAUAUGAACUAGAACAAGCAAUUGAAUCUUGGCAGAGAGCUCGAAUCUCGGGAGUCGACGAUUCAGAAGACCCCGGGACCACUACUCCAGCGAUCCAGCCCGCGUACGGUGAUGGCCCCGCUGAGAUUCCACAACAUCCAGAUGCCUCAAACACUUCCACUGCAGAGUCUACAAGGCUCAAGGAUGGCCACAAGCCACUGUCCGUGAAACGAAAGAACCCCUUCGACUCGGGAGGAUCUUGGGUAUGGGAGAUUGCAAGCGAAACAGUCAGCAUUGUUUGCCUUGCGCUUCUGAUCGUUUUCCUUGUGUGGGUGGACGGAUCUUCAUACACUAAAUGGCAAUAUCAUAUAUCUCCCAACUCCAUCGUCUCCAUAAUGGCCACCAUCGCCAGGGCCGCUUUACUCGUUCCGGUCUCCGCUUGCAUUGGUCAGCUCAAGUGGGUUCACAGCAGCACUUCAAGGGAGCUUUAUCGGCUGCAAACGCUCGAUGAAGCAAGUCGAGGUCCUUGGGGGUCGUUGGGCUUGCUCGUGACGACUAAACCGAGCUUAGCAUCCGUAGGGUCUAUUCUCAUGGUUCUAGCCCUUGCAAUCGACCCCUUUGCGCAGCAGAUUCUGAGCUUUCCACUGCGGGAAGUUCCCGACCUGUCGAUCAUUUCCUACAUCCCAAGAACACAAGAGUACAAGAUGGAACAUGCGUCGCCGAUGUAUCUGGGAGAUAAGAAGCAGAAGAUAGCUUUCUCACUCUCCCUUUCUACACAGUUGGCUAUCCUGAAGGGUGCUUUUCAGGAAGGCGGCGGUGUCCAGCCGUCGUGCCCUACUGGAAACUGCACAUUCCCCAACUUCUUCACGAUGGGCUUUUGCAGCAAAUGUGAAGAUGUUUCGAAUCAAGCUAAUCAGUCAUGUCCAACAUACAAGGGGAGCGAGAAUGAAUUAGGUUUAGCUCCUCCGAACCCACUCAACAAUAGCAUUCAACUCAACCUCAUGAACGAGGGACGCGAGAACAUCAACAAAACCUUCGCCUCGAUAGCAACCAGCCUCUCAGAUAACAUCCGCUUUUCGAAUAAGAAGGUGGAUCAUGUCAACGGAACGACAUACCAUGUGGAGACUUACAUCCACGUGCGAUGGCAAUGGGUGAUUCUCCCCUUGAUCACGACAGCAGGAUCAGGCCUGUUACUUGCCAUCACAGCCUUGGCCAGCAGAAAACAAGAUCUUGUGCUGUGGAAAAGCUCCAUCCUGCCUCUAGUCAUGGGCCAGCUGCACACGAAUCCAGAACGGGACGCGAAUUGCUUUCGAGACGUUGACGAGACGAGGCGCUUUGCCAAGGACGUGAAGGUCGUCGUGGCUCAAAACGAUGAAUCUAUCAUAUUUACAGAGCAAUAG